AUGAUGUGCGAAGUGAUGCCUACGAUAAACGAGGACACCCCAAUGAGUCAAAGGGGGUCCCAGAGCAGUGGAUCGGACUCCGAUUCUCACUUUGAACAGCUAAUGGUGAAUAUGCUGGAUGAAAGAGAUCGUCUUCUAGACACUCUUCGGGAGACCCAAGAAAGUUUAUCUCUGGCACAGCAACGACUUCAAGAUGUAAUUUACGACAGAGAUUCUCUGCAACGACAACUGAAUUCUGCACUGCCCCAGGAUAUAAAUUGUUUAGUUGGGGGGGAGGGUGGGAGGGAGGGAAGCGAACCACCUGAAUUUGCUGCACUUACAAAAGAACUAAAUGCAUGUAGGGAACAACUACUGGAAAAAGAAGAAGAAAUUUCAGAAUUGAAAGCUGAAAGGAAUAAUACAAGACUGUUACUGGAACAUUUGGAGUGCCUUGUUUCAAGACAUGAAAGGUCACUGAGAAUGACAGUGGUGAAACGCCAAGCACAGUCUCCCUCGGGAGUUUCCAGUGAAGUUGAAGUUCUGAAAGCAUUGAAAUCUUUGUUUGAGCAUCAUAAGGCUUUAGAUGAAAAGGUAAGAGAACGACUAAGGGUUUCCUUAGAAAGGGUCUCCACGCUUGAAGAGGAACUAACAGCUGCUAAUCAGGAGAUUAUAGCUUUACGUGAACAAAAUGCACACAUUCAAAGAAAAAUUACAUCAGGAGAGGGUCCACCUGAUACAGAGCAUAUCAAAGGAAUGGAGCCUGGACAAAAAAUUCAUGAAAAGCGUCUAUCAAAUGGCUCUAUAGACUCAAAUGAUGAAACUGCUCAGUUGGUAGAACUGCAAGAACUUCUCGAAAAGCAAAAUUAUGAAAUGGCACAGAUGAAGGAUCGCUUGGCUGCCCUGUCUUCCAGAGUUGGAGAGGUGGAGCAAGAUGCAGAGACUGCUAGGAAGGACCUCAUUAAAACUGAAGAACUGAACAGCAAAUAUCAGAGAGAUAUUAGAGAGGCUAUGGCCCAGAAGGAAGAUAUGGAAGAAAGAAUAACUACCCUGGAGAAACGUUACCUAAGUGCACAGAGGGAAUCUACUUCCAUACAUGACAUGAAUGACAAACUGGAAAAUGAACUUGCAAACAAGGAAGCCAUCUUGCGUCAGAUGGAGGAAAAAAACAGGCAGCUGCAAGAACGUCUCGAGCUAGCUGAGCAAAAACUACAACAAACAAUGAGAAAAGCUGAGACUUUGCCAGAAGUGGAGGCAGAAUUGGCCCAGAGAAUUGCGGCACUGACUAAGGCAGAAGAAAGACAUGGCAAUAUUGAAGAACGCAUGCGGCACCUAGAGGGUCAGUUGGAAGAGAAGAAUCAAGAACUUCAAAGGGCAAGACAAAGAGAAAAAAUGAAUGAAGAGCACAACAAAAGAUUGUCUGAUACUGUGGACAGACUUUUGACAGAAUCUAAUGAACGUUUGCAACUACAUUUGAAAGAGAGAAUGGCAGCAUUGGAAGAGAAGAAUGUUUUAAUACAAGAAUCAGAGAACUUCAGGAAGAAUUUGGAGGAAUCUUUACAUGAUAAGGAAAGAUUAGCAGAAGAGAUAGACAAACUGAGAGUUGAACUUGACCAGUUGAAAAUACGAGCAGGUUCUUUAAUUGAGCCCACAUUGUCAAGGACACAUCUUGAUUCAUCAGCAGAAUUGAGGUACUCUGUGGGCUCACUUGUUGAUAGUCAACCAGAUUAUAGGUCUACUAAAGUGAUAAGAAGACCUAGAAGAGGUCGUAUGGGAAUCCGAAGAGAUGAACCAAAGGUAAAAUCCCUUGGAGAUCAUGAGUGGAAUAGAAGUCAGCCAGUUGGAGUUCUAAGCAGCCAUCAUUUUGAGAGUGACACUGAAAUGUCUGAUAUAGAUGAUGAUGAUAGAGAUACACUUUUUAGUUCAAUGGAUCUUUUGUCACCAAGUGGACAUUCAGAUGCUCAGACCCUUGCUAUGAUGCUUCAGGAACAACUAGAUGCAAUCAAUAAAGAAAUCAGGUUAAUCCAGGAAGAAAAAGAAUCUACAGAACUUCGUGCUGAAGAAAUAGAAAACAGAGUUGGUAGUGUGAGUCUAGAAGGCUUAAAUCUGGCCAGGGUUCAUCCUGGAACAUCAAUUACUGGCUCAAUAACUGCAUCUUCAUUAGCAAGCUCCUCUCCUCCCAGUGGCCACUCAACUCCUAAACUCACUCCACGCAGCCCAGCUAGAGAGAUGGAUCGGAUGGGUAUCAUGACACUGCCAAGUGAUCUCAGGAAACAUCGAAGAAAGAUUGCAGUUGAAGAAGAUGGACAUGAAGACAAGGCCACAAUAAAAUGUGAAACAUCUCCUCCACCUACACCUAGGGCCAUAAGAAUGACUCACACUCUACCUUCUUCAUACCACAAUGAUGCCAGAAGUAGUUUGAUUGCAUCCUUGGAACCAGAAAGUAUUGGUUUUGGCAGUGUCAAUAGCAGCCAGGAUUCCUUGCACAAAGCUCCCAAGAAGAAAGGAAUAAAGUCUUCAAUUGGACGCUUGUUUGGUAAAAAAGAGAAGGCACGACUUGGACAGCUAAGAGGCUAUAUGGAAACUGAAGCUGCAGCACAAGAAUCUCUGGGCUUAAGCAAACUUGGAACCCAGGCAGAAAAAGACAGAAGAUUAAAGAAAAAGCAUGAACUUCUGGAGGAAGCUCGGAGGAAGGGGUUACCCUUUGCACAAUGGGAUGGGCCAACAGUAGUUGCCUGGCUAGAGCUUUGGCUAGGAAUGCCUGCAUGGUAUGUUGCUGCUUGCCGCGCAAAUGUGAAGAGUGGUGCUAUCAUGUCUGCACUGUCAGAUACGGAAAUCCAGAGAGAAAUUGGAAUCAGCAAUCCUCUCCAUCGCCUGAAGCUCCGUCUGGCAAUCCAGGAGAUGGUGUCCCUCACAAGCCCAUCAGCCCCUCCAACUUCUAGAACGCCCUCAGGCAAUGUCUGGGUAACCCAUGAAGAAAUGGAAAAUCUUGCAGCUCCAACCAAAACGAAGGACAAUGAGGAAGGCAGCUGGGCUCAGACCCUAGCUUAUGGUGAUAUGAACCAUGAAUGGAUUGGUAAUGAAUGGCUUCCCAGUCUAGGGUUACCACAGUACCGAAGUUACUUCAUGGAAUGUUUGGUGGAUGCAAGGAUGUUAGAUCAUCUAACAAAAAAAGAUCUCCGUGUACAUUUAAAAAUGGUGGAUAGCUUUCAUCGAACAAGUCUGCAAUAUGGAAUCAUGUGUUUAAAGAAACUGAAUUAUGAUAGACAAGAAUUAGAAAGGAGAAGGGAAGCAAGUCAGCAUGAAAUAAAAGAUGUGUUGGUGUGGAGCAAUGACAGAGUUAUACGCUGGAUACAAGCAAUUGGAUUACGAGAUUAUGCGAAUAAUGUGCUAGAAAGUGGUGUGCAUGGGUCACUCAUAGCCUUAGAUGAUAACUUUGAUUAUAGCAGUUUAGCCUUAUUGUUGCAGAUUCCAACACAGAAUACCCAGGCACGGCAGAUUCUCGAGAGGGAAUACAACAAUUUAUUGGCGCUAGGAACAGGUAGACGCCUUGAUGAAAGCGAUGACAAGAAUUUUAGGCAAGGCUCUUCCUGGCGAAGACAGUUUCCUCCACGUGAAGUUCAUGGAAUCAGCAUGAUGCCUGGCUCUUCAGAAACACUGCCAGCUGGGUUUAGGUUAACUACAACAUCAGGACAGUCACGAAAAAUGGCAACUGACGUUGCUUCAUCUCGGUUACAGAGGUUAGACAGUUCUACAGUUCGCACAUAUUCAUGUUGACAUACCUAGCAUGAAAAAGAGCUCCGAACUGAACUAAAGUGAGUAUUCAGAUGAAAAUACAUAAAAGGUUGCACUCGCUAUGGAAAUGAAAUAACAGGAAUACUUUAGGCUACUGCUGGAGGUUUGUGCAUUUAAGCAAUGUUGGCAAACCUGUGACCUGGGCUGUAACCAGUGGUGGGAUUCAGCCGGUUUGCACCUGUUCAGGCAAACUUGUUGUUAAAUUACCCACCCCCACUAUCAAAGUGGAUCCUGGGUGCUGCACUGUGCUGCAAUGGAGAAACGGGCAACGGAGCGGCCAGCACCAGGGAAGGAGAAGCCUGCUUUCCCUCUUUCUUCUCCCUGCUCCUCCUCCUUCCCUCAUGCCACCCUCUCUGUUGACCAUUUCUCCAUUACAGCGCAGCACCCAGGAUCCACUUUGAUAGUGGGGGCGGUGUAAUUCAACAACCGGUUCACCCAAGGUCAGGUUGGCCAUCAUGGGAGGCUCAUUUCACAUGUGCAGUGGAGCUGGAGGACAGGGAUGGGCCACGCCUGCCACCACAGUCAACCUGACCCUGUGCAAACCAGUUGUUAAAUUAUUUGAAUCCCACCACUGGCUGUAACAUUUCAGGUUGAGAUGGACAAGAUACAUAUGAUAAACUAUUCCUCCAUGCCAAGAACUUUUUUAAUAUCUCAUAUCCUAGGUGGGCUUUUCAGCCUUAAUUUCCUUAAGAUAUACUAGUUUUUGUUCUGCCUGUUUCAUGCUAACAUCCAAAGGAUUACUGCAAAUAGUUAGGAUAUCCAAAAUUUGCCACACUUUAGAGCAGUUUCAGCCAUGCUCUAGAGCCACAGAGAAUGGAACAUGAUUCAAUGGAAGAGGGGAGCGGAGGUCAGUUUCAGUCAUGUUGCAGCAGCUACAUUUCUGAUGCUACCUGUUUGUAUACCUGUUUGUAUUUCUUCAGAAAGUAAUAGACAAUUAUUUUCUGAUAUACCACUAUUAUUUGAUGGCCAAAUGGGAAAACGAACUAUUGUUCCAACAGAGGAAAAUAUUCCCUCAUCAAAACUGGCAGAGUAAUUUUACACACACACACACACACACACACACACACACACACACACACACACACACACAUGAGCAGACCUCACACUCAGAGAGCAGACCUCAUACUGAGUAAUGAAACAUUGGCAAGCAAAAACAAAGUUCAGAGAGCACUAAGAACUACACAAACUCUUGGUCAUAACUCUGAAGACAUUUGAUAAUAAUGCUUCUCUAGAAAAUGCAUUGUUGUAUGGCAAACAUUUCUUCCAAUACAAAAUUUGAUGUACAGUGUGUAGUCCCACUAGGCUCCUUGUAAGCUGGAGAAAAUCAGGAUCCAAUAAUAUUUUAUGUUCUUAAAAUUAUCUCCUAAGUGUGUGUCUUGUUCUUCCAAUAAUGUCUCUGGCCAAUCUAAAACUGUCUUCUGAAAAAGAUAAAUUAUUUUUCUUGCCUCUCAUUCCACAUUCUCUUCUAUGAGUUGGUGUAAUGUUUAUAAUCUUUAAAAAAAUUAGCAAAUACUAAUUGUAUUUUCCUCUAUACUAAUUGCUCACUUGCUGAAGGCUGCUCUCUUCCUGCCUGAUAUUGACUCCUGCACACAAAUGCUGUUCACAGUAAACAUUAUAGCAAGGGAUUGGGGAAUAAAGAAACUUGAUUUGCUAUUUUAAAAAAUUAUAAAAAAUAAUCAGUUUUGAAAAUGUAGGCAAAAAUUAACUUUUAUCCAUGUAAUUUACAAUUACUACUGCUGUGAUGUCAUUCACAGUCCAGUGCAGUAGCACCUGUGUUCAUUAGAAUAAUGAGGAUACUUUGUCCAGCAAUGACUACACAAAUCCUAUAAUGAAAACAUCAUCUUCCAAAAUGCGUAUAUUUUCUAAAAUAUUUCUUAAACAUUACAAUCUUCCUUCUCAAGAACAGUAACCUCAGUAAUUUUUAUUAAAACAUGCUAUUCAUUAAAAUAAAUUUGUACUCUCACAAAACAAAAUCAUUUUCCUUAUUUUUUUUUUUUCAAAAUAAGGUAGUGGUGUUUAAAAGAAAAAAUAAGACACAAAGAAACUGUAAUCCUAUACAACUGUUUUAAUAAAUAAAUUCCAUUGGUUUUACUGAGAUUAUUUUUACAGAUAAUCUAACUAUAUCUUCAUCCUUAAUAUAUAGCUUAAACAUCUCUAUGUUAUUCUAGGAUUAGUUUUUGAAACAAAUAGAAAAUUAUAAGAUUUCAAGCUAUUUUAGCUAUUCUUAGAGUUGAGUUUAAAUGCAACCAGUGAAUCUUCUACCAUGUAUUUUUACUGAUCUCAUCUUCAUUCUGCCUUACCUCUUUCCCACAUCAACUAAGUUUUAUUUUACAAUUGCUACUCAGAGAUUACUACUGUAAAAGAAUCUAUAUCAGUGUAAAUGUUAUCAUUAAAUGAAUUGUUUUUCCUUACUUCUAGAUGCCACCUCUUUCUUCUAUUUUACCUGAAGUGCACUACCACCAUCUUAAGAAGCUUUUUAUUCCAAGAACAGGGUAAUAGGGAAGAAAAUAUAAAUGUUUAUCAAACUAAAAUGUGUGGUGAUCUUUUUACAUAUUUAGUUGUAAUGUGCAACCUGCCAAAUACUAUUGUCACACAAUUUUUUAAUCCUUUCUGUGGAGUUGACAUAAAAGUUGAUCACAAGCUCCACUGAAAUGAUUGAAUAGAGUGUAGCAACAAUAUUGUCCAGAUUGCACAUCUAAUGUAGUUUAAUUAAUAAUAAUUACUAAUUUUUAAAAUUAUACAUCUUGACAAACUUGGCCAAUGUGCAGAAAUAAUGCUUUUAUCAAAAGGGGGCCUUCAUUUUGAAAUGUGUUCCAUCUGUUUUAUUGUAAUAUACUAGAAUUACAUGUAUUUAUGGUGGAAUUUCUUUUAAUAUAUGUCUCAUGUAAAUGGAUAUAAAUAUGAUUUUUUUAAAAAAAUAUGUGGUACAUGGGGUCUUAGUGCAAACACUUGACAAAUACGUUGUCAGGUAUACUGUUUGUAUCUUUUCAUUCCACUAUUUUUUACAAUUUUGAAUUGUAGCAAUGUCAAUUGGAUAUUGAAUAGCAAAAAGUUAUUAGAUGCUUCAUCAUGUUCCUACUUUUUCAAAAAUUAUAUACCACUAUUUAAAGUGAAUUCUUGCCUCUAAUGAUCAAGAGGGAAAAGAUUUAAACAUGAAA